GUGCCUACACAGUGAAUGUCUCCUGUCAUGAUCUGCGCGUUAUUUCUGAUCGACUCUCCAGAAUUCCUGCAUCUUCCAAAUCUUGUUAAAUGCUCGCUGGCACAUGAAACAAUUGUUAAUCUUAAGGCUUUGAUUGAAGUUGAAGUUGGUGAGUGUCAAAUCAAAAUCAUGGGAACAUCCAUUUCGAAAAAACUUGAGGAACAACAGAAAAACAAGGACGAGAAAGCCGUGGAAGAGCUGCAGAUGCUGCAAGAGAUGAUGGUUAAUAAAGUUGCCGCCGCCAGAGCAGAGAUGAGGGAAAAGGCGCUCAAAGACGCUAAUGUCCCGAUUGUGGCGUUUGUCGACACAUCAGAGAAGUAUUCUGUCGACGUGUCGAACGCGCCUGAUGAUGCCAUAACUACAUCGAUCAAAGAAAUGUUUGGUGGAAACAUCAUACAGGGUCUUGUGAGCCUCAUCGGCGUGGCCCUCAACCAGUUCUUGGGAAACACUCAGGCUGGCGUAAGUGAGCAGAACGAUUACCACAUCGUCUUUAGCGAUAACGCCCUCUUGCGAAUCGAUGUUAUGUUUUACAAAUACGAGUUUUCAUCCAAAGGAGUUGAAGAUGAACGUCGGAAUGGGUUCUGCUACUGCACACAAGCUGCUGUUGUUGACCUCAAAAAGGUGAGCCCGGAAGUCUUGCUAUACGAGCUCACACGUACGAUUGGCCAGGAAAAUAUUCCCGACGCAGUAAAACAGCUUCAUUCAAUGGCUGAAUUUGGAGAGCAGUUGUACCAAGUUGUCAACGAGUUGAACACCGCUGCCGAGAAAACCCUCCCAGAUUCUGACGAUGGUGCUGGUCGUAAGAAACAAAUAAGAAAUUCAAGCCAAGAAGAGGAUGAUGAAGAACACUGACUGAGAAGGAGGAGUUCAAAGGAAAACUUCAGGUGCUUUCAAAACUUUACAGUUGCCGAAAAGUUAACAAAUUUUUUUAGCUGAACAAAAUAACAUUCCUUCAUAGUUUUUUAAUGUUUUUUUUCAACACCUGUCAUCGAUACUUCGUUACUCGAGACGAAAGAAGUUGUUAGUAAAAAGUAUCUUUUUGAGUUUUCAGUUUAUUCGGUUUAACAGCAAAAAACAUUGUAUUGGAUUAGAUUAGAAUAAAGCAAUUGCAAAGGC